AUGAAUUAUCUAUUUUAUCAACUAAAUGGGCACCAUCUGAAUGGAUAUUUGAUAUUGGAUUAUCUUUUUUAAAGUAUUUAAUUAUUAUUAUUAUUAAAUUUAAGUUUUAUUAAUUUUACAGCUAGUAUUGAAUAACCAUUAAUAAAUAAAGAAUUAGAUGUAAUUAUAUUUAGUCAUGGAUUUUCAUAACAUAGAAAUGCAUAUACAACAUUAUGUUAAUAAUUAGCUAGUGAAGGUUAUGUUGUGUUUUCAUUAUAACAUUAUGAAUUAGUUUAUCCAUGGGAUAUUAAAGGUACUAAAAUAUAUAAUACUGGUAAUUAUCCAGAAAUUAUUGAAAAAUAUUAAAAAAUAAGAUCAUCACAUUUAGAAUGGAGAAUUGAAUAAAUUUAAUAAUUAAUUGAUAAUUUAAAAUCAAAUAAAAUUAAAGAUGUAUUUUAUGAUUUUAAACCAUUAUCAAUUAAUUUAAUUGGUCAUUCAUUUGGUGGUGCAUCUGUUCUUAGAGUUGCUUAAGAAAUUAAUGUAAAUAGUGUUAUUGCAUAUGAUCCAUGGUUAUUUCCAUUUAAUUAAGAAUAAAUGCAUAAAUAAGUUAAAUGUAGAACCUUGAUAUUAAGUAAAGAUAAAAAUAGAAUUAAAUAAGAAUGGUUUGAUCCUAAAUUACUUAAAGAAUUUUUAGAUUUUAAUACUUAAAUUGAACAUUAUAAAAUUAAAGGUUUAGAUCAUGCUUAUCCUGUUGAUUUAACUUAUUUAAUUGCAGCUGAAAUGGUAUUAAUUGGUGAAUUAAGAACUGAUGAAAAUCUAUUCAAAAUUAAUAAUUUAAUUAGUUCAUUAACUAUUAAAUUUAUGUAGUAAAAACUAUUCAGUAUUGAAGAAAAUAAAUAAUUUUCUUGA